UCCCUCCCCUCAUCAAUCUCAAACGUCAAACGUCUGACCAAGGCGUGAUUUUUAGGUUAAGGAAAAUAUGGUUAUUUAACUUUAUCUGUAAAAAUUGUAGGAAAAAUGGGAAUUGUUCAUGUUAUGGAACUAGUUUUAAUAAUAAUAUUAGCUGUACUAAGUUGUAUCCUAGUGUUUAAACUACUUUACAAAUUACGGUCAACUUUGCCUUGGCGAGUGAAUUGUUGGUUUUGCAACGGUAACUUCUGGGUAAAAUUUUUGGCCCGUAAUAGUUGGACUUGUCCGAAAUGCGAUCAAUACAAUGGUUUCACAAAGGAAGGUGACUAUAACAAGCCUAUCAUUACUAAUAAUGACCAGAACUUGUCUCCGAGGGUGUUCCAGAAGAGUCCGCCACGGAACGGGCUCUGCAAAAUGUGCAACAUUAACCAACAGCUGAAAGUGGCUCAAUUGGCAAGCUUUGUGCCGAUGCGUGAGAAGAAUUAUGACGAGGAAAUAGAUAUUUACAGGACACAAUUAGAGAAGGCGUACAAAUUAUGUAGCCCCUGCAAGAGAGUCCUGCAGCUGAAACUCCAUAAAGAAAAAGAGACCCUUCUCGCAACAAAACAGCUCGAGAAGCGGUCCUCAGACAAGAAUGGGAAACAUAAAGAAAAACAAAAUUCAAUUCUAAAGAGCUUUAUAAAUAACACAUCCACUUUUAUAGCUACAAUAUUAAUCAUAAUAGUUGCUACAGAGUUGUAUAAAAAUGUACAAAGUCAUAAGAAUAUACCAAGCUCAAUAGCUAACAUCAAACAGAUUACAAAGGGUCUGUUUGAGAGAAUUGUGUCUAUUGUGAAAAUGAAGGCACUAAUGACAUUCCCACAAUUAGAAAAUUACCUCAUUGACGUAAAUGUUUUAUUUGAUAAGAUGCCAGAAAUGAAUUUAAGCAGUAAGGAUCUCAACAGUUUUACGUUGUUGACUCAGCAAGCACUAGGCGGUAUUGUGUGUUUUGUACAAAUUAUUGGACAUGUUUGGAAUGUUUAUAAACUAAAGUACUCAAUAGCAAUUGACCUGCUGUGGUCUGUUUUUGUGAUAUCUGCUAUGGCUCACCACGCAGCUAUUGAUCCAUUACUUUUAAGUCUUAUGAAGCUGUUUACUACGUCAAUAGUAUUACUAAUAUACAGAAGUAUGAAAAAUAAACCAGUCAAAAUGUCAAGGAUGUACACAACUCCAAAAAGAAUGAAGAACCUUAUAAAUGGAUCAAAAACUUCUUCAAUAGAUGACGACGAUAACUUGUCUUUCGAUACCGACGACGAUGUAUCACUCAGCAAAUUCGGUUUACGUAAUUUUUCUGACUCUUCUGCCGACACCAUCAGUCCUCUCGGUGCUAGUUUAAACAACGGCAGGACCUUCACGCCACGCGGCGAUAGUCUUUGGACUAAACCGAAACACAACUCGACAUUCUGCAUCAACUCUGUCAUAAGCAAAAGCCCCAGUUCAGUUUCAGAGACGGUGUUCGCCAAACCUUCCUUUAAUAAAUAUCAGAAGUUCAACAAAGACGACUCCGAUUCGGAUCUCGACGAGAGCAUAAGUUCUUUGUGCAUAAGCAGCCCUAAGAAGGGCAUGAGAAUGAAUCCAAUAUUCUCGUUGAGGAAGUUCACUCCGACGCCGAGUUUCGUGGCGGGCGAGGCCGCGCGGCGGCCGCUGAUAUCGCCGAGCAAGCUGGGCCACGGCACCUCGUGGGUGGCGGGCGGCUACUGGGGCGCCGACGCGCCGGCGCUCAGCGCGGGCGGCAGUCGCUCCUCCAGCCAGAGCUCCGGCUUCGAGUCGCAGGCGUCCAGCGUCACGCAGCGCAAUGUGUUCUCGCAGCCGCCGUCGCGCGCGGGCUCCGCGUGCGGGGAGCCCAUGCUCGUGGACCCGCAGCCCUUCGCCGCGCCGGUGUUCCCGCAGAUGCAGUACGACGGCCACGUGCACAUCCCGCAGCCGCGGUUCCCGCCCCAUCCCCGAUACGUACAGAACCCUAUGUUCAAAACCCCCGGCGGGUCUGGACUGAUCAAGCUGCCUCGAGCGAAUUCCUUUGCGUCUAAUUGAUUUUCCGUAGUCGGUCUUUUGUAUUCAUAAUUUUUUUUCUUGCUAUUUUUUUUGCUUCUUUUUCUGUCGGAACUUUGAUGAACUGCCAUUAUAAUUAAGACGUCGUUAAGUUAUUAUUACCUCUUUAGUAUUCGUAAGCGGUUGUUAGUUGUAAUGUUUGAGACUAAACUUAGAGUAAGACUACUGCUGAUCUCGUGUUGAAGCCUGGUGACGGCUAUAUGAAAGCAUUAAGAAUUAUUGUAUUGUUAAAAUUUUUAUACGGGACGUCACUGUCCUUUCUCGAACAAAAUGUGAUAUUGUAAAGACUAGUAAAAUUUUGCAAAGAGUGAAGAUAAAAAUGAUUCUUGAUGUUAUCAUUUUUUUGAUUUUGUCAUUUUAAAUCUGAAAGUUUUUGUGAAGCUCCUGCAAUAAAAAACGUAAGGGUA